CUGUGUUAAUUUACGAUUGUGUACAAUUACGAAGCAAAAAUUAAUAAAUUGAAAAAUGUUUUGACGGCAAUGUUCAACAUAACUAUAGCAUAAUAUAAAAAUUGUUAUUACAAAGAAUAUAUUUGUAUAUUUAAAUUCUAUACUUUAUACGUGUUUAUGUGGUGCUAGAUUAAAAAGUACGUGUUUUAGGUAGGCCGUGUUUCGGUUUGCAGAAUGUCAUCAAUAAAGUUUCGCUGGGGUUUGAGUGCUUCAGAGCCUGAACAGACACCUGUCUUGUUUGUGGGGCAGCCAGCUCAUCUUUCAGCAUUGUCCUGGCAGGAUGUGAGGUGCAAGCUUGAGUCAAGAGUAACUGAAGAGGUGUGGCGUCGUGGUCUCUCAGUAACUUCGCCUGGUGAUGUCUCAGAGUUAUGGCCACGUGGUGCUGCUCUUGGUGUGCUUCCUCCAAGACGUUCUAGGCACACUGCACCCUCAAGAAACCAUUCUUUAUCAAAAAUUGUCAAGUCUGCACUGCGUUCUGCUGCUGAAGAGUAUAUUGUUUUGGUAUGUCGCAAACGAGAUGUAUUAGCCAGUGCAGUGGCCAUAGCCAGGUCAGUCCCUCUCUACUCGGCUCGGUCUGGCUCUGCUCCACUGAACUCCAAUCAGCCUGCCCCACCAGCUAACACAAAUCUCACUGUUGAGAUAUUUAUUGUUAAUCAUGAAGGUGACUCAGAAGACGAAGGUACCAAUGAGCAAGCCCUAACAGAUGGGACCCUAUCCAAUGAAGAGCUUGGCACUAUACAGGAUGUAGCUGAUUCGGUUCGCCUUGCUGCAAGAAUUACAGAUACCCCCGCUAACAUUAUGGAUGUGGAUGCUUUUGUUGAGGAAGCCUGUAAAGUAGCCAAGAAGCUAGAUAUAGCUGAACCAACAGUGAUACGUGGCGAGGCACUGGCUGAACGUGGAAUGGGUGGCAUCUAUGGAGUCGGCAAGGCUGCCACCAAACCUCCAGCACUGGUUUCCUUGUCUUACAUGGCCCCUGGAGCCACAGAGACUGUGGCUUGGGUUGGCAAGGGCAUUGUUUAUGACACUGGUGGCCUCAGCAUUAAAGCCAGGGCUUCGAUGGUGGGCAUGAAGGGUGAUUGUGGUGGGGCAGCAGCGGUUUUAGGUGCCUUUGCAGCUGUAGUUAGAGCUAAGCCCACUGUCAAUUUACAUGCUGUCUUAUGCAUAGCUGAAAACUCAGUUGGGCCCAAUGCUACUCGGCCAGACGACAUUCACCAGUUGUACUCUGGUCGCACUGUAGAAAUCAACAACACAGAUGCGGAAGGUCGUCUUGUACUAAGCGACGGCGUGGUCUACGCUCGUCGCGAUUUGAAGGCUGACACCAUUGUUGAUGUGGCUACACUCACCGGGGCACAGGGCACAGCUACCGGUAAAUACCACGCAGCGAUUAUAUCGAACGCAGCCAGCCUGGAGCGGGCCUGUGUAUCAGCUGGACUGAGAUCGGGCGACCUCACACACGCUCUUCCAUAUGCGCCAGAGCUUCACUUCACAGAGUUCUGCAGUCACGUGGCCGACAUGAAGAAUAGUGUUGCGGAUCGAAACAACGCGCAGCCAUCUUGUGCUGGUCUCUUUAUUUUGGCACAUUUAGGCUUCGAUUUCCCUGGACAAUGGCUUCACGUGGAUAUGGCUGCGCCUGCGCACAUUGGUGAACGAGCGACGGGUUACGGCGUGUCCCUAUUGUCCGUGCUAUUCGGGAAAUAUACAAAUAGCCGUCUUCUCAAGGCCCUUAGUCCAUUGCGCUAAAUUGUCUAUGGAUUUACAAUUUUACACAAUUUUUAUAAUGUUUUGCAAUAGUGAACUUUAUUUUUAUUGUAGUAAUAAAUUUAUAUACAAGUUGGUACGGUAAGAGAAAAUUAUCAUUAUAAUUAUUUAAUUGAACUAAAAAUAAUUGUUGAUUUGGAGAAAAUCUCUAAAAAUAUAGAAGUUUUUGAUGUCGCCUUAAACCAGUUUUGACUGUUUUAAUAAUGAUAAUUUUCUUAUCCCAAUUGUCAAAGUACAAUAAACAUGGUUCUAUGUAUUCUAGAAUGUGCACUUUCACUGGACAAUUAAUACUAUAAAAUAAAAGAAUAGAAAAUAAUAUCGCCACAACAGCCGUACAGAUCUGAAUAAAAUAUUGCUGAAAAUACAAUACGUAUUUGACGUACCAAAGUCAUACUUAGACAGCAUUUCGGAAUAUCAGCCCCAGUGAUUAUAUAGAAGUAUUUCAUAUUUGCACUUAGUUAAGUAUAGGAUAAGUUUUAUAUCGUAUUUUGAUUACUAAGUUUUUAUUCCUUUUGAAUGUGUUUAGAGCUGGUUUUAUAUGCGCUGAUUACGGUAAAAUCAUAUUUUUUUAAUAAUUUUUUUUAAAUCAAUAUUGGUUUGGCAAAAGCUAGCAUUGACUUCCUAGUAUUUUUUGUCGCGCUUGGAUUUUAUUAAGAAUUUUUUAUAAUUAAUCUUUAUUAAUAUUAUUUAAGAAAUAUCACUAACAUACCUCAUAAAACUAAUAAAUGAAGCAACAAUAAAAUCGUUGUUUUCGGAUUAAAUAGCGUUACCUAUUUGAUUAUUUUAUGAAGUCAUGAAUUGAAAAGUACAGUUUUUAGUUGUAAAAAUAAACAUGUUUUAAUCCGUAACAUUAUCAUUAUUUCGAUAGUAUUUUUUAUGAGAUACAAAAAUUGGUAAUAAAAUUAUAAAGAUCACUUGUACGGUUAUAAAUCUUCAUAAACAUACCAGUUGGAAACUUACAAAUUCUGCAAGUAAAAUAACUUUUGCCUAUAAAAAAAUUAUUAACCUGUAACAUCUUGUAAGGACAUGUAUUUUGUUAAAUGUUUUUGUAAUUUAAUAAAAUAUGUAUGAUUA